CGGUUCGACAGUUCAGCCUAUGAAGACCAGAUCCAAUGCCAGAGAAUCCAGAAGCUCAACGAUCGCCCGGCGAAACACAGGCCUACGCGGCCGAUCCCUGGGAGCAGCGACAGCGAGGCUUGGCAGGUCUCCAUCCUCCACUUCUGCUGCUGUUCCUCUGUUCCAUCUUUGCUUCGGCUGCUGCCCCGCCGCCGCCCUGGCCUCCUCCUGCGGUCGACAACGGACAAUCAGGAGACGGCACCGCGGCUACGUUCCCUGAAUCCCCUCGCCUCCUCUCGCUUGUGACUGGCCCAGCACCUCGGGUUCCCCUUGGCGAAAUGCGUGGAAACAUGCGUCCUCCCUCCAGCCAGUGGAAGAGGAGGGGGCAAUCCACCCCCUGACUAUCGUUCUGGCUUUCGGGUGGACGUCAGCCGGUGACGUCUAGUAUUAUGGUUCCCCGUGCAGGGUUUCUUUUUUUGGGUGUCCAAUUCGACGUGACCUGUUAUACUUCGUACCCAAGUCCCGUGCAAUGCCACUGGCACAAUACAAUGGUCAUCGAUGUCAUUGCAACGAAGAAUGUCGAGAACGUGGGCGACCCGGCGGGUCUCCGCCGGGGGAAAGAAGGGAUGGAGUGAUGGCGAGAGGGGAAAUGCAGGAGGACAACAAUCAU